AGAAAGUUUUAAUUUUACAAUUUUUCCUAAUUUCGAAGAUAAGGUGUAAGAAAUCAGAAAAUAAUGAUGAAGUCAGUGCGAUUUGUGAAUAGGCUACAGAAUACCAUCGUCCAAAAAUCUGCAGCAGUUCGCCCAGGAGCUGUAGCAUGGAACCAGAUUCAGCGACAGAAGGCCUCAGCUGCCCAACCCCAAGAAACAGCUCAGACCACAUCUGCUCCCAAAUCAGAGGAAACCAAAUCUUUUGUAAUGGGCCUCUUCAAAGGUCAGGUCAAUUCUGGAGAAGUUUUCCCAUACCCUGAAGUAAUGAAUGAAGAACAGAAAGCCACGCUGGAAAUGUUAGUGGACCCCACACAGAAGUUUUUUGAGGAAGUUAACGAUGCACAGAAGAACGACACAUUGGAGAAGGUUGAAGACACCACGAUGCAGGGCCUUAGGGAGAUGGGGGCCUUUGGGCUUCAGGUGCCCACCGACCUGGGUGGCCUAGGAAUGACUAACACACAGUACGCUCGCCUCGUCGAAAUCGUCGGGGAAUCCGAUCUGGGCGUUGGCAUCACCCUCGGCGCUCACCAGUCCAUCGGCUUCAAGGGGAUCAUCCUCUACGGCACCCCCGAGCAGAAGGAGAAGUACCUGCCCUCGCUGGCGUCCGGAGAGAAGAUGGCCGCCUUCUGCCUGACGGAACCGGCCAGCGGUUCCGAUGCGAGCUCCAUCCGCACCAAGGCGGUUCUCAGUGAGGACGGCAAGCACUUCCUCCUAAACGGUAGCAAGAUAUGGAUCAGCAAUGGAGGUCUGGCCGAGGUGUUCACUGUGUUUGCACAGACUCCAGUCACUGACUCAGAAGGCAACACACAAGAUAAGAUCACAGCGUUCAUCGUUGAGAGGUCAUUUGGAGGAGUCAGCAAUGGUCCACCCGAAAAGAAGAUGGGUAUCAAGGCCUCCAACACAGCCGAGGUCUACUUUGAAGACGUCAAGAUCCCCAGAGAAAAUCUCCUCGGUGAGGUUGGAGAAGGAUUCAAGGUAGCCAUGAUGAUCCUGAACAAUGGUAGAUUUGGGAUGGGUGCUGCUCUUGGCGGUACCAUGAAAGGGCUCAUCAAGAAAGCCGUUGAGCAUGCAGCUGGUCGCAAGCAGUUUGGCGGUACCAUCGACACCUACGGUGCCAUCCAGGAGAAGCUGGCUCGCAUGGCUACGUUGCAGUACGUUAACGAGAGCAUGGCCUAUCUUCUGUGCUCCAACAUGGACUCUGGCUCUAAAGAGUUUCAGCUGGAAGCCGCCAUCAGCAAGAUCUUCGCCUCGGAGGCAGCAUGGUUUGUUGCAGAUGAAGCCAUCCAAAUCUGUGGCGGAAUGGGAUACAUGAAGGACUUUGGACUAGAAAGAGUAAUGCGUGAUCUGAGGAUCUUCAGAAUCUUUGAAGGAACCAACGACAUCCUGAGGCUCUUUGUCUCUCUUACAGGACUACAGAGUGCAGGCAAGCACUUACAAGGAUUACAGAAGGCAAUGCGCAACCCUGCAGGCAACAUUGGUGUGAUUAUGGAUGAGGCCAACAAGAGAGCAAAGAGGAUGGUUGGACUCAACUCGGGCCCCUCCCUGAACCAGUACGUUCACCCAGACCUCCAGGAGUCAGCCACCAAGGCAGCAACAUCCAUCGAGGAGUUCGGCGUCGCGGUCGAAGGCCUCCUCGUCAAGCACGGCAAGAAGGUUGUUGACAAGCAGUUCUUCCUGUGGAGAGUGGCCGAUGCAUCGAUUGACAUCUAUUCUAUGGUGGCCACGCUGUCAAGGGCAUCACGCUCGCUCUCAGAAAACGCCCCAGCCGCCGAACACGAGAAACAGAUCUGCCAGCUGUGGUGCAGCGAGGCAUCAGAGCGGGUCACGCGGAACCUUAAAGCCAUCCGCUCUUCCGAGUCCGCGGCCAACUUUGGCCGGUUAGCAUCCAUCUCCCAGCAGUUAGUUCAGAAUGGCGCCACAGUGCCAGAGCACCCCCUCAAAUGCUGAUUUCUAACCACCGACCGCACUCACUUAUAUACAACUAGAAAACAAUUCAAAGUGUAGCAUAAUGUACAUAUACUUGUAAUAUAUAUAGUUACACAUUAUAAUUGAAUGUAUAUUCUAUGCUAUUCAGGCGAAGUCUCAGAUAUUUUUAAAAAGUGUAAUAUUAACUGAUUGACAGUUGUUUUAAAAAAAUUGAGCUUACCUUAAAUCAUGAACUUGGAACAUAUUUUGACCAGAAUGAGUCCUUAGAUACUAAAAGAAAUAUGUGUGUGAUAAAUUAAUUUUGAAAUAAAAGAAGUACAUUAAUUAAAUUUCAGUAAUAAAUUUGCAUGUAAAAUUAACACAUAUUCAUAAUAAUCAUGACAUUUCAGAAUAAUCAUAAUAACAUUUCAGAAUAAUCAUAACAUAUCAUGAUAUAAAUAAUGGCAUUUGAUUGAUUGGUAAUACAAACUAAGUAUAAUAUCCUUGAAGUUUCAAAUAUGUGAACCCAUGUUCCAUUAUAUUGGAGGAAUUUGUCAAUAUGCAAACAGAUAUUAUUUUUAAAUAUAUAUAUAUCAUGAAAAGUGUUAAAUUCUUUCAUACUGAAAUUGUAAUAAGAAAAUAAAGAUUAUAGCGAAGAUACGAGAGUAAAUGUAUUUUCACUGAAUCGAAAAGACAGUGUGACCUACAAAAUUAUUCACCCCCAGCCAAAAAAAUCCUGUCCAUGGACAAUUAAAUCAAAACAAUUUGAGUCCCUUUUUAGCAGCAGUGGGUUCUGUUGAUCCAUAGGUGUGCUUUAUUAUUAAUUUGUUUUCUUUUUUAGUUGUUUGAGAUGGGCAAGCGAUCUUGAUGUCCUUGCAAGUGAGAUAAUGGUCCCAUUAAUGAUAUGGGCGAAUCUGAUGAUUUGUAAAUCACCCUGCACGGCCCAUGAUAUUGAUUGAUGAAAUAAUUUGUGUGGAUUUGGGAAAGCAAUGAAAGGUCUAUCACAUGACAAGUUUUCCUUUGGUGUAUUAUAUGUUCAUUCUAAUUUAUUUUAUUCUGCUUCUGUGCUGAUUACACUGUCCUUUUUAUGUUGAUGAAAUGUGUGACAGUAAGUGCAAAAUAAACACUAAAGAUUCAAAAUACAGUCAACACAGGCGAUAAAAAACAUUCGACUUACAUGUAUGCAAAACUUGACUCAGGAAGUGUAAAAGACACAUGCUUUACAUAGUUUGGUCCAAAAAUUGAUUUGACUUAGAGAAAAUUGGAUUUGUGCGACUUCGAAUAAUGCAGAGUUAAUUGUUUAAUUGUAUAAUAAUCCCCCCCCCCUAAAAAAAAACAUUUUGAAGAGGAUUUAGUACAGUCAUUUUUCUUGUUUUGCCAAAGUAUAUUUUAAAAAGCCGUGGCAUUUAAUUGAAGGAUCAAAAGUUGAAUCAUAGUGACAAUUAUACCACGUUGAUUUUUGAUACUUUAAAGAAAUGAUUGCAGUGUCAAAUGUUAAAAAUUAUUUCAUUUUUUGUUGUUAAUGAUAGAAUCUUAUCCCUGAAUGAAUCAAGUCCUAUGUUAUGCUACUUAUUGUGUACCGGGUAUUAUUUUGUUAAAAUGCUGCAGUCUUGUUUAUAAAAGUUAUUUGUUAUCCUUCCUACCGUCAUUAAAUUUGAGAGAUAUAAUAUAUCAUUUGUUUUUUUUGGGUAAAUAUCAAACAUUUUGGUAAGUGCAACAAUGAUGUUUUAUGGAAGUGCUUUGAAAGUUGUUUUACACAUAGACCAUAUAUGUCUUUAAUAGGAACAUGCAGGAAAAAUGUGCAGAGUGGUUGCCGUGCCCAGUGGAUACACCAAUGUCCAAUGUCAGCUUGGAAGCAAUACUAUGUACAUUUGUAAAUGAAAUGUCGCUUUAUAUCUAGCUGGCAUUUUUAAAGAGAUGUCUAAUAAAAUGUUUACAAUGUGAAGAUAUUAAA